GCGCUGAGCGUGUGUCUGUCUGCAGGUGAGAGCGUGAGGCUGACGGUCAUCAGGGGGGAUGAUGGUCAGCUGGGCUUCAGUGUGCGAGGAGGAUCUGAACACGGACUCGGCGUCUUCAUCAGCAGAGUGCAGAAAAACAGCGCCGCAGGCAGGCUGGAUCCCGGGGGUCUGGCAGAACAGGGCGGAGUUAAGAUGGGGGAUCAGAUCCUGUCGGCCAAUGGCGUGAGCUUUGAGAACAUCAACCAUUACAGAGCAGUGGAAGUGCUGAAGAGUCAGCCUCAUAUCAUCCUGACUAUUAAAGAAGCAGGCAGAUAUCCAGCCUACAAAGAAAUGGUGACAGAACUCAGCUGGGUGAAUAAAACGGGCAGCGGAACCGUCUAUUCAUCCUCACAAGGGUCGGAGUCUCGCUCAUCCACCUCCUCUCUGUCCUCCGGGACACCCCUCGGCUCUGUGAGCAGACUCUCUCAAGCGACUCUGCCCUUAGGAGCCAAAAUGUCCGACGUCUGCGGCUCCACUGAGGCCCAGUUUCGUCCAGAUUCCACUGAUAGUGACAGUCGGUCAGAGCAGCUGCGGACGGUGAGCCGAGGACCCACAGAACUGCUGCAGGACUCUGUGAUCCGGAGCGAAGGAGAGUUAGGAGAGAGAAGAAGGGAAGGCAGGAAAACAUCUCUGCUCAUGGCUCUCAGCCGACCGAGUCCUCCGAUACGCCGAACUCAAAGUCAUGUGACUGUGUCAGAAGAGGAAAAGAAACAGAAGAGGAAGCAGACAGAAAGAGGAGAAGAGGGAAGCAGUCCGCUGCAGCGCUCCAAAACGUUCUUCAGUCUGUUUCGAAAGCGAGAUUCCUCAAGAUCACGCUCAGAGAGCAGUCUGGGCAGGUAUGAUGCUGGUUUAUCUGAGCGGGAUGCUUUAAAACAGGUGCGAGCAAUGGCCGUCAGAUUGCUGGAGGAUGAAGAUGUGGUGAUGCUCAUGGAAAUCUGUGAGCGGUAUUUAGCAGAGCGAGGGCUGCCGACGCUCGUGCAUCCGCUACUGGCCGUCCUAAACACGCCAGAGAAGCUCCUUCUGCUCCGAGAGAUCAGUGUACAAUUACUUUCAAAAGAUCUGCACGGUGGAUUUGAGCUUCACGCCGCAGAGGAUCUUGAGAGACAGAAUCAGCUUCUGGAAGAUCUGGAGCAGCUGCGUCUGUCCUGCGGUCAAGACCAGAACGAGUCCAGAGCCUUCAGCCCGUUACUGGACGUUCCUUACGGUCAUUCAGACUCAUUAACCUCCUCCAGGACGUCUGUGCUGCUUCCCAACUGGCUGCUGACGGAGAACACGCGUCCAGACUCCGGCCAAACGCUGGAAGAUGCUCUCAGCCGCAGGAACGGGCAUUCAGAGAGGAGAGCAGAUGUGCUGUUCACUGUAGUGGACGCGCCUCGACACAAGAGGCCGCUGCUCUCACAGGUCUUCGCUUCCCUGAAGAAGUCCCAUAGUUCAACCGUGUCACCGGCGGUGGAGUCUGUAUGUGAGAAACACACCCGUGAAGAGUUUGAGCUCACCACCGUCCACAUCAGCAAGACCAAGCAGUCUCUGGAUGUUUCCUAA